GGAGCCCGAAGUCCGAGUCGGCUACUCGCGCCCUCGGUGCCCGGUGCCCGCAGGCCGGCCCGGCUCCGGCAUGGCGACCUCGGCGGCGGGGCCCGUGCUCAUCGUUGGCAGUGGCCUCAUUGGGCGAAGCUGGGCUAUGUUGUUUGCCAGUGGAGGCUUCAGGGUGAGACUGUUUGAUGUUGAGCAACAGCAGAUAACAAACGCCCUGGAAAACAUCUGGAAAGACAUGAAGUUGCUGGAGCAAUCAAGUUCCCUGAAAGGCUCACUGAGCGCAGAACAGCAGCUGUCCCUCAUCACUGGUUGCUCAAAUAUUCAAGAAGCAGUAGAGGGCGCCAUGCACAUUCAGGAAUGUGUUCCAGAAGACCUGGAACUGAAGAAGAAGAUUUUUGCUCAGUUAGAUGGAAUCAUCGGUGAUGACGUUGUCCUCAGCAGCUCCACCUCAUGCCUCUUGCCUUCCCAGCUGUUUGCUGGGUUAGUGCAUGUGAAGCAGUGCAUUGUGGCUCAUCCUGUGAAUCCCCCGUAUUAUGUCCCUCUGGUGGAGCUGGUCCCCCACCCGGAGACGGCCCCUGCGACAGUGGACCGGACCCACGCCCUGAUGCAGAAGAUCGGACAAUCCCCGGUCAGAGUCCUGAGGGAGGUCGAUGGAUUUGUCCUGAACCGCCUGCAGUAUGCGGUCAUCAGCGAGGCCUGGAGGCUGGUGCAGGAAGGAAUAGUGUCUCCGAGCGACUUGGACCUCGUCAUGUCUCAUGGCCUAGGCCUCCGGUAUGCAUUCAUUGGACCCCUGGAAACCAUGCAUCUCAAUGCAGAAGGCAUGUUAAGCUACUGUGACAGAUACGGCGAAAGCAUGAAACAUGUCCUCAAGACUUUCGGACCUAUUCCAGAGUUUUCUGGAGCUACAGUUGAGAAGAUUCACCAGGCCAUGUGUGUGAAAGUCCCAGAUGAUCCUGAGCACUUGGCUGCCAGAAGGCAGUGGAGGGACCAAUGCCUCAUGAGACUUGCCAAACUGAAAAAUCAGAUGCCCUCCCAGUGAAGCGUUUUUUUGUUUUUAAGAUUUUAAAAUUGAUUUUUAGAAAGAGGAAGGGAGAGGGAUAUAGAAAGAGAAACAUCCAUGUGAGAGCAAAACAUCAAUCAGCUGCCUCCUGCACAUCCCCUACCAGAGAUCAAGCCCACAACUCAGGCAUGUUCCCUGACUGGGAAUUGAAUCAGCAACUGUUCGGUGCAUGAGAUGAUGCCCAGCUAACAGAGCCACACUGGCCAGGCCCAUGAAGUUUUUGUAAUGCUGCCACUCCCCGCACUGAAAGUCCCGGUUGGCAGAAUUAUAAGGACUUAAUCAUAUCGCUUGAAACAGUAGCAGCUACAGAGGUACCAUACUUAGCAUGCAAGUCCUGAGCUUGAUCUCUGUUAACAGUAAUCUAGUCAUUUACAAUGUGGGUGUCAGAGCAGCAUUUGGGUUCUGAGGGCUGUUGAUUUCCUGCCACCUGGGCAAGCCAGUCAUCUCAAGAUUUUCACUUUUUAGUUUUACUAGUAAGUGUGAUUAUGCAACCUACAUUUUAUAGCCAAUGAUUGUAGUUUCAAGUCAUUUUAAUAUGUAGCAAAAAUUUUUAUAAUUAUUUCUAAUCCCUUUCUGAGUACUCUGUGGCCCUUCAUUUUUGAGACAACUAACUACCUUCAUUUGCCAAUGCUUAUCCUAUAUAAUAAAGCGCUAAUAUGCAAA